AGGAGGAGGAGGAAAGGGAGUAACGGAUACAGCUUUGUUGGAAGGGGUGGCUGCGAUGGCCUCGUUUUCCUCCACCUCGUUUUCCUCUGUGCUCGUGGGGGAGAUAGUGAUGACUCCAUCGGGUCAGGCCAACGUCAUCUACCUGGCUGUGAAUGAAAGCAGCCCGGGUAGCCUGCUGCUGCAGCUGUGUGAGCUGCUGGCCACCACACCACUGCAGGGUUUGGUGUUUGAGGAGGAGAGGCCGCCGCCGCCAAACCGCGCCCCUCUGGCCCCCAUGUUGGAGUUUGUCUCCGCGCAGACGGGGGUUCCCGUGGUCGCCGUUGGCGGAGGGGCCAGUCUAGGACGAGAGCCACAGGAAAGUGGCUCCAUCUACCUCCAGUUCACUUGCUCCACUUCACUCCAGCUCGAGGUCAUCUUUGAGGUGCUCGAAGAGUACGACUGGACCUCCUUCUCUGUGGUGACCACCCGUCACCACGGCUACGAGGACUUCCUGGCUAUGGUGGAGGGAAUGACGGAUGGUUCAUUCAUUGGCUGGGAAAAGAAGAGCGUGGUGAUUCUUAACGUGACAGAUGACCCCGGUGGGGCUCGAACCAAACGGCUACUCAAAGACAAUGAAGCCCAGGUCCGUCUGCUCUAUUGUUCCCUGGAGGAGGCUGAACUGAUUUUCCGGGCAGCCUGGGCGGCGGGACAGGCCGGGCCCAGUCACAUGUGGUUCGCCGUGGGACCCGCCCUGUCUGGAUUGGGCCUGGAGGGGUUGCCCAAGGCCCUGUUCGCCAUCCGGCCGCAGGGCUGGAGGGACGAGCCACGAAGGCGCAUCGCCAAAGGCGUCUCUGUGCUCACCCACGGGGCGAUGGCUCUGUGGAGGGACAAGGGGGCCACCAGCCGCUCGCAGUACGCCGGCAACUGCCACAGCGACGGCAACCAGACUCACAGAGUGGCUGACAGAAUCAGGUACUUCACCAACAUAUCCAUCGGUGGGCGGGACUAUUCCUUCAACAAUGACGGCUACCUGUCCAAACCGCUGCUUGAUGUGAUCUCCUACACCAAUGGGAGAGGCUGGGAGGAGGUUGGCUGGUGGGAGAAUGGCCACCUGCGUCUGCGGUACCAUCCCUGGUCUCGUUAUGGCUCCUUCCUGAAGCCUCUGGAUGAUGCCCAGCAUCUCCGCGUAGUUACUUUGGAGGAGAGGCCCUUUGUCAUUGUGGAACCGGCUGACCCGGGCACCAGCUCAUGCAUCCGGGACUCUGUACCCUGUCGAAUGCCCGUCAACACCAGUUUGGUGGUGGAUGGCACCGGGCCAAUGAAGCACUGUUGCAAAGGGUUCUGCAUCGACGUCCUCAAGCGACUGGCAAAAAUUGUUGGUUUCACCUAUGACCUUUACUUGGUGACCAAUGGGAGGCACGGGAAGAACAUUGAUGGGGAGUGGAACGGCAUGGUCGGAGAGGUGGUGUCCAACAGGGCCGACAUGGCCAUCGGUUCUCUCACCAUUAACGAAGAGCGGUCGGAGGUCGUAGAGUUCUCCGUUCCAUUCGUGGAGACCGGCAUCAGCGUCAUGGUUUCUCGCAGCAACGGCACCGUAUCGCCUUCUGCUUUCCUUGAGCCCUACAGCCCAGCGGUGUGGGUGAUGAUGUUUGUGAUGUGCCUGUCGGUGGUGGCUGUCACCGUCUUCAUCUUUGAGUUCUUCAGCCCCGUGGGAUACAACCGCAGCCUGCAGAGCGCCAAGAAGUCAGGUGGAUCUAAGUUCACCAUAGGGAAGUCAGUCUGGCUAUUGUGGGCGCUCGUCUUCAACAACUCUGUGCCUGUGGAGAAUCCCAGAGGAACCACCAGCAAGAUCAUGGUUCUGGUGUGGGCCUUCUUCGCUGUCAUCUUCCUGGCCUCCUACACUGCCAACCUGGCUGCCUUCAUGAUCCAGGAGGAGUACAUCGACACGGUGUCAGGGCUGUCGGAUAAGAAGUUCCAGCACCCGACGGAGCAGUACCCGCCGCUGCGUUUCGGCACCGUGCCAAAUGGGAGCACAGAGGAGAACAUCCGCUCCAACUACCCCAACAUGCACCAGUACAUGAUUCGCAACAAUCAGAAGGGCGUGGAGGAAGCCAUUGACAACCUCAAGACUGGGAAACUAGAUGCCUUCAUUUAUGACGCCGCGGUGUUGAACUAUAUGGCCAGAAAGGACGAAGGCUGCAAGGUGAUGACCAUCGGCUCCGGUAAGGUGUUUGCCACUACGGGCUACGGCAUCGCCCUGCACAAGAACUCCCGCUGGAAACGGCCGCUAGACCUCGCCCUUCUGCAGCUCGUCGGAGACGAUGAGAUUGAUAUGUUGGAGCGUCUCUGGCUGUCGGGUAUCUGCCACAAUGAUAAGAUCGAGGUGAUGAGCAGUAAGCUGGACAUAGACAACAUGGCCGGGGUCUUCUACAUGCUCCUGGUGGCCAUGGGCCUCAGCCUCCUGGUAUUUGCCUGGGAGCAUCUGGUGUACUGGAAACUACGGCACUGUGUGAAGCGAUCCGGCGGCAUGGACUUCCUCCUGGCACUCAGCAGGGGGAUGUACAGUUGCUGCCAGUUUGAGGAUGAGACAGCACCGGGAGGAAGAAAGAGCUCUUUGCCCCAGUACCACACGAUGACCGCCAUGCCUACGGCACCCCAACAACACCUUGUGACAGCUACGAUAAAUAACACGACUGCCAUUGCCAUGGUGCAGCAGCAGCAACAGCAGCAGAAGCACCACCAACAGCAGCAACAGGGGCAGACCUACACCACAAUGCUACCUGGUUCCCCGCCAACUACGGGACACUCAGCAAUGGCUCUGGGACCCUCGAACAGCCCCUUGCUCGAAGGCCCCAUGCCCUGCUCCACCUUCUUGCCACGGCAUGACCGCAGACUUGCUGUGGUUGAUCGCUGGAACAGGCCAAAGCCUGAGAAAGUCAUGAGCGCGGGCAGUGCUGGAGGAGUGGGUAUUGGAGGGAUAGCUGGAGGGAUCAGCGAACUCCAGGCACAGCAGCAGUUUCAGCAGAAUCUUGGACAGCACUGGACCCUGCCAGGAGGUGUUUCAGGUGGAGCAGGGGCAGGAGGUGACACGGGGCUAGAUGAAUAUAAGCGCUACUAUGGUCCUAUAGAUCCAGAGGGGCUAGGAGCUAACUCGGACCAACAAGCAGGGGGCCCGCAGCAGACUCCCAAAGCUAAUCCUCGAGGCCCUAAAGCCUCAGGCAUGCCACGUCUGCCUCCUAAAGGCCCCCAACAAGGCCCAGGGCACUUAAUCCCCAAGCCACCUCCACCUCUCCCAUCCUCUCCACGGAGGCCUCCUUUCUGGCGACGAGGGAGUCUAGUUCAGGCAAGGAGAAAAGGCUCAGGAGGUCCCCUGUAUGAGAAUAUACUCCCUCUGGGGAGGCGGGGAGGUGGGAGGUAUGGAGCAAGUGAUGGAGGUGGAAGGAGAGGACGACGCCCUCCUCCACCUCCUCCUCUGCCUGUUCCCCUUUCCUCCCCAACACACACCCCUACCACUCCGUCCUCCCCAUGCCGUUUCCACUCCUCCUGCUCCAGUGCCUCGUCCUCUUCCUCUUCUUCUACAACAUCAUCAUCCUCGUCUUCAUCCUCUGUUUCGCUCUCCAGGUCAAAUUCCCCCUCCUCUUGCUCCAGUGACAGCUCCUACAAUUCCUCGCUGAGUUUCCGAUAUCGAGCGGGCGACCGGGACUUUACUGUGGAUGAUGAUUAUGAUUCAGAUCUGCUCACAGAGGAGUCCAGCCUCCUCCUCGGGUCACGGAGGAAGAUUCGCUCACGUCGCAUGUCAUCGCGCUCACUGCCGUGCAGCCCGCCGCCUCCGCCGAUCCCGCCCAGAAAGCCACGACCUCAGAGAGAUUACGGCAGAGAGAGAACGGGCAGCCAGCUCGCCCAAUUACAGGAGUGGUGGGCAUCGUGGGGGGACAGAGAGCGAGGCAGGGGAGGAACAACGAGUCGAGGAGACGGAGCAAUUGGUAGAGAGGAGAAGAGGCACAACAAGGAGAGGGAGCGUGAGAGGAAGAGGAGGAAGAAGGGCCGAAAGAAGAAGAAGAGGGAGGAGAGGGAGAGAGAAAGGGAGAGGAAGCGCCGUAAAACAAAGAAGAAGAGGAAGAAAGAGGAUAAGACAAGGAAGAGAGAGCGGAAGAGGUCCGAGCAAGAGGGAGGAGAUGAUAAAAGGGAGGAACUCAAGUCAGGGACACCAGACUACCCAUCGUACCCACCCCUGAGACGAGAGUCUUUUCGGAAAAAGAGUGAAAGCUCCAUCAGAAGCUAUGGAUGGAACAUCCCGGGUGAAGAAGAGAGGAAGGAAAGAGAAGACAAAGAGAGGGAUGACGGGGAGGACAUCAGAGGGAAAGAAAGACACCACAGGCGAAGGAACAGCAAGCUCUAUCAAAGCUCCAGCUGUAAGCCUUCUUCAUCCGUCAAGUUCUGGGGUGGGGGCAACCCAUCCUCUGACACUAUUCCAUCUGCCUUUCUGCCCUUGUUGCCUGCCCCCUCUAAAAGGAGAAAGAGUAAAAGUUCAGACAGGGAUGCCGCAGGAAUAGAAGGAGAGAGGAGGCCAUUGCUGGGACGGGACGGACGAGGUGAGGUGCACUCCAAGGAGGGGUUGUCCUUCCACGAGUGGGAGUCUGAAGUAGAGCAUGAGGAAGAAGAUUCUGAGCUUGAACGGAGGAAAGCGGAGCGUGGAAAGAGACGCCGAGGAGGAAGGACAAUGUCCGAUGAAGAGCGGGAACGUGAUAAGGUAGUUGGGAUAUAUUCUGAUGACGACGGUUCUUCGGGAGAGUUUGGAAAGUUUGAGAGGUACUGGGAGGAUCAUGAAGGCAGGGCGGUCGGAGGAAUCGGAGGGGGAGGUUGGUUUUUUAGCACCUACCCUUCCAGGGAAAAAGCCGGCAGCAUCAACAGUAGAGAUGAUCUGUUCCUGGAGCGAGGAGAGAGGUGGGGGACAGCAGAAGGUGGAUGGGGAGGAGCAAGAGGAGAUGGAGGAGAUAGAGGAUGGGGAUCAGGUUCACACUGGCCCCAGCCUCCUCUCACGCCACCACCUCCUCGACGAUACUGGUCAGUGGACAAGCUCCACAUACAGGAUGAAAAGAAGAGUAAACGCAAGUCAAAGGACAAGGGAAGAGGGCAUGCAGCUUGUUCGUCCUGUCAGUCCCCCAGACACCAUCCACACUCCCAUUCCUCAAAAUGGGCGCGCAUAACCUCACGAAGCCAGGAAGAGCUGUACCAACACUGCCAGAGUUUUGGUGGUCCCCUCAAGCCCAAACAUGACUCCUCGUCAUCCUCAAAGCCUGAUCGCUCACAAAACCCAUCCAAAUCUGGAAGCCAGUCAAACCUCAGUAUCCAGCAGCGGACACAGAGAACAGAUAGGGAUAGAGAUCGAGGACGUCAAUCAUCCCCGCCUCCGACCCUCAUACCGAAUUUACCACCCCCGCUCCCCGCCCUUCCAGCUCCUCCAUCCUCAUCACACCCUAUCCACGUCCCUCCCCCUACCUCCUCCUCCUCUGUAUCCUCUCCCUCUGUGGUCUCAUCAACCCCGGGGGCGCCCCAGCCCUCCUCCAUGGCUUCGGCAAGUGCUAAACUACAGUACCAGAGAUUGCGUUCUGUACCUCAGCCCCAGAGGUUUCCUCAGUCUCCUCACUUACCCCUCAAAGCCAAGAGCCUUUGCUCACGAAGGGGCUCAGCCCAUUUCUCCAGUGUGGAGAGUGAGGUUUGAAGUUCAACAAGGUAUCAAAAGUCAUAAGAGAGUCGACGCUAAGCAGGUGAUCUGGAUCUGAAUCUGCCUGUCAGCAAAACACGGCUGCACAGUACAGUCAGUACAGUAUACGCACUGAGCCCUUUCCUAAAGUUCUGCACAAACAAACAAAACCAGAAAGCCAAGCAAACCCAAAGGGGUAGGUCGAAGGAAGACAGGAGCAAUCUCGUGCUUACUGUCGUUUCCUUUCAUUCCUUUCAAUAUGUGAAAGACUUCAACCACAGCAAGAACUUGCAUCGUGAACUGGAAUAACCAAUCCACUAAAAAGCAAAUCAGACAUUAAAAGUGGUACGACCGAAGGAGACUCCUUUGCUAUAGACGGUAAAGGGCUUUGGAUGUUGAAGCGGGGCAGUAGUUUGUAUUCAGAUGAUUCUUAAUGCUUACUGAGGGCUCAGGAACUUUGUAGUACUGUAUGCCUGAUACGCUCUCAGAAGCCUUUAACACAGAACAGUGUUCUUACUUUAUUUUUUUCCCCCCCUUAAACGAAAUCGCUUACCCCUACUUACCUUUCACCUUAACAAACAGUUUACACCCCCGCAGAACUGUGACGCCCUUCUGCGGCACGUUUGUUGUGUAUGAUCAAUACUUUCUUGUUUCGAGGGAGAGGAGGGUGAUAAACCACCUUGUCUUCUCCGUGUUAUCCAUGCACCUGCUCCUGUUCACUCCUCUUUCGUUCCCCUUUUUUUCCCUCUACCCCUUCAUUAUUAUCUCUGCUUUCCCUUCUCCCCACCCCGCCACCUUACACCCACGUCUUUCUUCUUCCUCAUCUUCCUCGUCAUCUCCUCUCCUGUCCCCUUCCCCUCUUGGCUCCUCUCCUUGAUGUGAUUAUUCUGUGCGUCUGUGCUUUUCUGUGUUUGUAUUCUUGACAACAGGGUAAGUCAACUGUGACUGAUAUUCUACUGGCUUAAUGAAAAGCUGAGUGCCAAACUUAAGUAGAGCUCGACAUCAAUCUGUACCAACGUUAGCCGCUGUGUUUACUUUUAUCUCUCGCAUUGAGUAGUCCAUCAUCUCCCAAACAUGCGCACACGCAAAUACACAUGUGCACACACAGAUACCUGCAUACGAGUCAAUCCAUCCACCCUCUUUCUUGAGCAAUACAUUAUACAAUACAAUAUACAAUUCACCCUCGGUUCACGUUCCGAUUUUAUACUUUGAAACCUUUGUUUUACUUCUGUGUUGUAGUUGUUCUUGUUGUUAUUGAUGGUGUUCUAUAUAUCAAAACAUGUAUUAAGUCUAAUACAAUGUAAGCACUGUGCCAUUCUACUCAAGCUGCACAUGAAACAUUCUCUCGACUACCUAAACUACGACGACGACGACGACGGAGGCGGCGUCUUCCCCCCCCCCCUUACCGUAUUUGACUGAAUGUAAAGUCGGCCGCCAAACGAGUGUGCUGCAACAACAAUUAAAGACGCUUGCAGAUGGAAAUGGUAGCAUUUCUGGUGGUAGAAGAGAGUUGACUUAAGCUCAUCGCUGAAGUAGCCUGACGUAAGCAGAGGUGUGAGUGUACACUUGUUGCUUCAGGAUUAGAUCUGGAUUGCGGUUUAAUUUUAGUCCGAAUUGGUGCCAAGGCAGACUAGAAUACAGCAAACGUUUGCAAACUAAAUCAACCCGAGUUUGCUUGCCGUCAAGCAGGAGAUGCGUCUAACAUGUGAUGCUACACAGUUCUGUUUUACAAGGUGAAAGAUUGUUGCAGGGAAAUAAAUACAUAUAGCCUUAUGCUACUUGCUCCUGCCAUAUGCUUUGUGUAAGUAUGAAGGUAUGUGUUUUAAAUCAACAUCAAGAUCAAGUAUAAUCGGACAUCGGAGGAUUUUGAUUGGUGCAAAAUUAGAUCUAGUACGAAUGCCGUUCUGAUGUCAAAAGAGACGUGUGCCUAUGUUGGAUCCUGGCUGGCGGAUGAGACGGUGAGAUGUAUGAAAGACACAGUAGCACCUCCUUUUUUUUAAGGAUAGGUAUGUUUCUCACCUUGUAAAUGUGUAACCAAGAUCUAUAGCUUUUUAAAUCCACGACCACGAGCUGACACCAGCAGUUACACUCAGAUGUCAAGCACUUAGCUUAGAGUAGCAAGAGUAUCCAUCGGCCUUAGAAAUCAGCAUCAGGACACGGGGACAUCGGUGUAGUUUAAGCGACGAGGCGACACCGUUGCUGUUUUUCAGUCGGUCAUAACGCCUGAGCCAUUUUCCCCCCAUAACAGUCUGGUCAGCUCUUGUUUGCCUGGAACUGCGUCUGAGCCAUAAAUUUACUUCAGCUGAAGAAAACAAAAAAGAUAAGUUACGUUUUUAACAUAAAGUUGUUGUGUAGAGUUUGUUUGUGUUUCAUUAAGAAAAAAAUUCUAUAUAUAUAUAUAUAUAUAUAUGAUAUAUAUGUGGCGGUGGAUAGCGUUAGAGAAAAGUGUUGUUUAGCAUCUUGAUAUUUGGGGGGUAUAGUUUCUCAUACAAAGUCCAUUACAAUAAAAAUCUAAGUAUUAUGUGUUCGGGACACGUAUUCCCUCAUAUUCACCGACGGCAGGUAGAUCAUUUUGUUCAGAUUUACUUUAAAAGGUCGACCGCGUUUAGCCUAGUCGGAGGCAGUUCGGUGUUUCGCUUAUUACAAUCAGCAAAUUUCAAACGAAACCAGGAAACGUGUGGAGUAAGUGCGGACAUGUUUCUGUGCAUUCACGCCGCGAGCGACUCCCCCCCGCCCCCAAACACAAACAAUCAGAUAAAAACCUGAUGCCUGAACCACUACUACCCCAUCAGUGAGCUAUAGCAAAAAAAAAAAAAAAAAUUAUUGUAAUUGUAAUAGUGCAGCACAGCAGCUGCUAGCGGUGUGAACACAAAGCUUUGGGUGUUUCAUCAGAGAAAUGAGCCACCAGAUCUUUCCUUCUCUCUCUCUCUCUCUCUCUCCCCCUCGCCUCUUUCUCCUCAUGUCUAUCCAUCGUGUUGGUGCGUGUCUGCUAUUGUAAAGCUGGUCUGUUUUUAAAAAAAAAAAAAAAAAGAAGAAGAGUAUCUGUGGAUAUAUUUAUUUCAUCUAAAAAAAAAAAGAAAAAAAAUAGCAUAUCUAAAUAUAUAUGAUAGUAUAUUUCAAGGCGCUAAGAUGUUAUAUAAGUUUGUCUACUAAAUUUUCGCUAUUUAUCUCAAUGAAUAUGUCUUUUUUGUCUCUUUGUCUGUCUCUCCUUGUCUCGAACCUCCUGCCCAGCUCCCUAACAACCCCCCCCCUUCCCCAGCGAAAACAGAGACCAGUAUGUAACUGUGUUUUUGCUCACUUAAGACCAACCAUCCGCCUCCAUGAGCUAUCUACUGUAGCUAAACGCUUAAGAUUUCAACAAAGUGACGACAUGGAGGUGGCGUGCGAGUGUCUUAUGACCGUGUCACUGUAGCAGUGGCGGCGUGUGUUUGUCUACCCAGAGGGGCCUUUAUUUUUGGUUUGGGCUACAGAUUAACGACUAAUUAAAACCUUUUAUGGAUACAGCAGCUUUUACCACAACUCUCACUUGUGUCGGGGUCACAUUCUCAAACCCUGUUUCAGGUUCACAUCAGACCCUGGGCUUUAUACCGCAGUGUAGAGUAAGGUGACCUCUUUGAAACACAAUGUAGCGAGCAGCACAGGCUUUUUUUUCAUCUCUCAGUAGCUGUAUUACUCUACGAAAACAUGCACAGCUACCCCUGCCAACCAACCUAUACGGUAUAUAUAAGGACUUUGAUAUACGUACAUAGUGUGUUGUAUCUGCCAAGCUGCUGUGCUGUAAAACAAAACACAAAAAAAAGAAGAAAAAAAAAAGAGUUAUACACAACAAACACACUGUUUCUUUCUUAAUUUUACAAAACUGGUAAAGCUAAUACGACACAUGUCAAGGGCAGGGCUAAAUCUGCUUGCUAGUGUGGUUUCCACUGAGGCCGAAAAUGGGCUUUUAUUUUGAUAGUCACACCUUCAAAACAUGAAAAACAAAAAAAAGUCAGGUUCUGCCAGCACGAACGGGAUUCCUACGUGGACGACAAUGAUCCUGCACACAUCACUGAGUAAGAACAUGGAGACAACACUGCCUGAGAUGAGGGAUCCACCCUCCUGGCCCAACUUUUAUGAUACAUUAAUGUGAGUCCGUAUGUUAUGGGUGAAGGUAAAUCAAUUUAACACUGCAUUUAGAAAUCUAUGAAGCGUUCGCUGGCCCUGGGCCUUUUGCAAGCCCAGUUUUAGCCUCCAGUGGAAACACAUUCACAGUUUCUGCCUGUACACCUCUGAACAAUGUCUCAAGGCCUUGUAUUAAUACUGCUGUAUUGACUGACUGUACGAGAUGAUGGCUAGUUGUGCUACACUUUAUUGUCAGUACCUCACACACACACACACACACACACACUUUCUUACAUGCAUGCACACACUGACAUGUUCACAUGAUGACCUACACACACACACAUAAGGGUGGUCGCCACUCUGCUUCAGCCACAUCUGCCACCGGUGAGGACAAUGACAAUAACGUGCUGUACUGCAAAGCAAGACGGAAAUAAAAAGAUGAUUUUAAUAAAGAACUGAAACAAA